CACACACGAGUGAACGAGCAAAGAAACCAAAAGCCAAACAUUUGGUCUAUUUCAGUAGAAAAGUAAAGUUAAAGACUACUUCGGAAGUCGCUGGUUUAACUUCAUGUUUAACAGCCCAGUCUAACUUAACGUUAACGCUAAAUUAACGUUAGCUUAAGUCCGGUAACUUUCAACGUUAAAAUGCCGUCCCGUGUUGAGGAUUACGAGGUGUUGUUUACUAUCGGCACAGGCUCCUAUGGAAAAUGCCAGAAAAUAAGACGGAAGCCUGACGGGAAAAUCCUCCUGUGGAAGGAGCUGGACUAUGGCACCAUGGCGGAGAGUGAGAAGCAGAUGCUGGUGUCAGAGGUGAACCUCCUGAGGGAGCUCAAGCACCCGAACAUAGUGCGAUACUACGACCGCAUCAUAGACCGGACUAACGCAAUGUUGUACAUUGUCAUGGAGUACUGUGAAGGUGGGGACCUGUCCAGCGUCAUCACCCGGUGCAUCAAGGAAAGGCGUUAUGUGGAGGAGCAGUUUGUCCUGCGUGUCAUGGCACAGCUCACGUUGGCCCUGAAGGAGUGCCACAGACGCAGUGAUGGCAGGGCAACGGUUCUUCAUCGAGACCUGAAGCCAGCGAACAUCUUCCUCGACAUCAGACAGAAUGUGAAGCUCGGAGACUUUGGCCUGGCAAGGAUCCUGAACCACGACACCAGUUUUGCAAAGACAUUCGUCGGGACACCUUACUACAUGUCUCCAGAGCAAAUGGACCGGAUGUCAUACAACGAGAAAUCCGAUAUUUGGUCACUUGGGUGUUUGCUGUAUGAACUGUGUGCAUUAUCCCCUCCGUUUACUGCUUACAACCAGAAGGAACUGGCAGAGAAGAUCAGAGAGGGCAAGUUCAAAAGAAUCCCAUACCGAUACUCUGAAGAACUGAACACCUUACUCUGCAAAAUGCUCCACCUGAAGGACUACCUGAGGCCCUCGGUGGAGUCGAUUCUCCUGAGCAGCCUGUUGGCUGAUGCUGUUGCUGAGGAGCAGAAGAGGGCACAAGCGCGACUCCGAAGGAGGUCGGCAGACUCUGACUGUCCCCUUAACAGGCCGGCUGAAGCGAUACCCGCCUCUGCUGCAGAGCUGGGACUCAGGGAGCAGGCACUGCGUGACCGGGAAAAGGCGCUGAAGGAACGUGAGCAGAGGCUGGAGCAAAGAGAGCAGGAGCUUUGUGUUCGUGAGCGACUGUCAAACGAGAAGCUUGUGAGAGCAGAGAGCUUACUGAAGAUUUACAGCCGUCCACAGCAGCAGAGGGAUCUGACACCGUUCUAUGGCAAAGACAUAGAUGUGGAGAACGUCUCCCCUGGUAAGAAGAAGGUCCACUUUGCCGGUGAGAGCAAAGAGAACCAGCGGCCGUCGGACGGCCGUCGGAGUGUCGCAUCCCAGGAUCUGAUUUUCAGGAGGCUGCAGGCGGCCAAGCAGCGCGCUCAAACACUGAGUGAAGUGGAGAAGACCUGCCAGUUCAAGAGCAGGCAGAUACUGGGCAUCCGCUGAUCGUACGCGUAUCUCUGUUUGACUUGUGACUGAUAUGUGAAAGUGAGGAGUCAUAAUAACUGGAUCUAAAUUAAGCUUUAUUUAUGAUGUGUAUUGUAAUAUGUAUGUUAUUGCAAGCUUUGUAAUGUCUGUAGAUGGAUGUUGUGAUUGUCUAUGUACUGUAUAUU